AUGACUCUAUAAGUGCUAAAGAGAAAUAUUAGAACAAUGAGAUAUAAGUAAUAACUCAGAGUGGUCUAAGUAUAUAGAAAAUAUUAGGGGAAAAAGGAAAAGCAUAGCAGUAAGAGAGAAGUCUUAAUCAAUAACAAAACACAAAAAAAGUCCUCAUGA